CUGAAUCAGCAGAUAAUAAAACCAAACCACCCUAAACGACCCAACCAAGCACAAGAAUGGAUAGAGUCUUCUCUGUCGAAGAAAUCUCCGACCACUUCUGGUCCUCAUCCUCCGCCGUCUCCACCGCUGAUGACGAUAAGAAACCCGGCUCUCAAAUGAACCGUAGUGCUUCCGAGUGGGCUUUUCAGCAGUUUCUUAGUGAAGAAGCUGACAGGAAAGGUGAAGAUGAAGAAGGAGAAGAGGAGGAGGAGGCUAAGGAAGAGCUGAAGGAGAAGAAGGAGAAUGGGGUAAUGACUUCGUUUAAUGGGUGUUUAGAGAACAAAGAUAAAAAUAAUAUUCCAGUGGAUUCAGAGGAAUACCAGGCUUUUCUUAAAACCAAGCUUAACUUGGCUUGUGCUGCUGUUGCCAUGUCAAGGGCAUCUUUUGUAAAAUCCCAAGACUCUGCUGCUAGAGCCGACAGUGGAUCACAAGCAUCCAAUACUCCACAAUUGGGAUCCAAAGCUACUUCUAAAGGAGCUGACAAUAAGGAUGGUAAUGCACCGGUUGAAAUUCCUUCUUUGCCAAAUGGACAGAAGAAAUCUGUAGCUCAGGUGAGGCCAAGCACGAGUGGAUCAUCAAGAGAACUGUCAGAGGAGGAUGAAGCUGAAGGGGAAAAUGAAACAAUGGAGAACAUGGAUCCUGCUGAUGUAAAACGUGUAAGGAGGAUGCUUUCCAAUAGAGAGUCAGCUAGGCGCUCGAGAAGAAGAAAGCAGGCCCAUUUGACAGAACUUGAGACACAGGUUGGCGAACUAAGAGUUGAAAAUGCAAGCUUAAUGAAGCGUCUCGCUGACAUUAGCCAAAAGUACAAUGAAGCAGCUGUGGACAACAGAGUUUUAAAAGCUGAUGUUGAAACAUUGAGAGCGAAGGUAAAAAUGGCUGAGGAGACAGUCAAAAGAAUCACUGGUUUGAACCCACUGUUCCAUGGCUCGUCUGAGAUAUCAACAAUGGCCAUGUCAUCAUUUGGUGGAAGUCCCUCUGAUACAUCAACGGAUGCUGCUGUUCCUGUGCAAGACGGCGCAAAGCAUCCUUUGUAUCAGGCUUCUGCAAACAAUCCUAUAUCCACUCAUGACCUGAAAGUCAGCAAUGCAUUGGCAGACAUUUCUUCAGUUGAAAACAUACAACCAAAUUCUGCAGGAUCAACAGUAAUGGGAAGCAAAAUUGGCCGGACAGCGUCUCUGCAGCGAGUGGCUAGCUUGGAGCAUCUGCAAAAGCGGAUCCGUGGGGGCGGAAGCCCCUGUGGGCCUCAGUCCAAUGGGGAGCAGUAGUAUCAGACAACACAAGCAUAGUGUAAGAGAGUUUUUACUGAAGAGUGUCUUGGAAUGACAAACCUGCACUAUAUUUCUGGUUUAACUUGUGGCAAACAAUGUUAUUCUUUAUGUUAAUCAUGCAGUAGUGCAACUGCUAGAUUUAACCCUUCAA